AUGUGGAAAUCCGUCAUCUCAAUCAGCCAACAAGCCACUCGAGCAACCCGCUCCCAAUUCUCAACAACCAUCCCAGCCCUCACUACCCCAACAGCAUCAAAAGCGUCUUUCAGCACAACCCUCGGUACCCAAAAGUCACGAUACGAAGGACUCCAGGAUCGUGAAGCACUGGACCCCCAGCGCUCAGAAACCACCAAGUCAGGCACAGACGGCGAAGUCGCCGAGCAUCCAGCCGCAUUCGAUCCGUCCAACACAGCACCAGAGAGUGAACUUGCAGCUACAGCAGAAGAGAGCAAGAAGGAUGGAAAGCCAGACAGCCCCUUAGAUAUGAGCCCGGCAAAUAAGGAUGUCAGUGCUUGGAGAGGCCCGACUGAGGGUGGUCCGGCACGCAACCGAGACCGCGAGGCUUCUAGUGCCCGGGGAUCGCCCAGCAAGAACCGGAGCAUUCACGUCAAGGAGGAUGGGACUCAUGUUUCUCACAAGAACUGA